GCUACGCCGCGGUCGGCUUGCGGAGCGGGAGGCAGCGGCCGGAGAGCCAGGCGGAACCUGCGGGGGCGGAGGCGGCGGUGGCAGCCGGGGCGCAGAGAGCAGGAACAGGAUCAAGCCCUCCAUACCAGGGACCAGGCUAAAACCAGAUUACCACUGCCCCUACCUGGGCCCCGUUGACUUAAAGCAGCCACUGUAAUCAUGGGCAAUAUCUUUGGGAACCUUCUGAAGAGCCUGAUCGGGAAGAAGGAGAUGCGCAUCCUGAUGGUGGGCCUGGAUGCUGCAGGAAAGACCACCAUCCUCUAUAAGCUGAAGCUUGGCGAGAUCGUUACCACCAUUCCCACCAUCGGGUUUAAUGUGGAGACAGUGGAAUAUAAGAAUAUCAGCUUCACAGUAUGGGACGUAGGUGGCCAGGACAAGAUUCGGCCCCUCUGGAGACACUACUUCCAGAAUACCCAAGGCUUGAUAUUUGUGGUUGACAGCAAUGACCGGGAGCGAGUGAACGAGGCCCGGGAAGAGCUGAUGAGGAUGCUGGCGGAGGAUGAGCUCCGGGAUGCUGUGCUGCUUGUGUUUGCAAACAAACAGGAUUUGCCGAAUGCUAUGAAUGCUGCUGAGAUCACAGACAAGCUGGGCCUGCACUCUCUGCGCCACCGCAAUUGGUACAUUCAGGCCACCUGUGCCACCAGCGGGGACGGGCUCUAUGAAGGCUUGGACUGGCUGGCCAAUCAGCUCAAAAACAAGAAGUGAGAGCCAGGCAGCCCUCUCUGACUACCCCACCCACUCCUGAAACAUACCUGUUGUCUCCUUACCCCAAUUUCCCCCUUUCUUCCUCAUGAAAGUGUGGCCAAGGUCCUGGGUGUCGUGUCCACUGCCCAGCAAGCGCCUUCCUCCUGAGCCUCCCGCCCCUUCCUUGUGCACUGACACGGUCCGCCCCAACCGCUGUCCUGAUGAUGGGUCAUUCCAAUCUACUGGGCUUAAACCAGAAUGAGGCUGUUAUGGUUUCGUGGGGUCCCCCUUGGUUUCAGGAGGAAGAGUGGGGAUGUUUCAUCUGUUUGCUGUUUGACACUGGUUGCUGUGCUCUUGGCAUCUGAGUCCCUUCCCUGAGUCCCUGGCCACUCUCUUCCCUGUCUUCCUUUCCUUCUACGCCCUCUCCUAUUCUACAUGGACAUUGGACAUUGCACGGGCCUCUCUGUGUGUGCGUGCAUGUGUGCGCUGUGUAUAUGUGUAUAGAGAGAUAUAUCUGUGGGGUCAGGGGGGAGUGGAGCGCAGCUCAGGGCUUGCAGCCAGGACGCUGCACACUAGAACCUGUCACCUACCCUUCUGUGUUGGUGAGGUAAGGGGAUGUGGGUGGGUCCCAUUGCUUUCCUCUCUGCAGGUGGCAUUCCUGGAUGUUCGGAGAGACGAUGAGCUCCAACAGUCAUCUGUCUUAUCUUCCCUUCUCUACCCUUAUGAGCACAUGAAAUGGCAUUGAUCUCUGGGUCACUGUUCCAAGGGGAUGCCAUUCUCCUCUGCUUCAUUAGUAGGAAGGAAAGGAGCCCACUCACGUUGUCAGUCUGGAGUGUUCAAUUGAUCUUCUCCCAUCAUCCUCACAUCUGCUCCCCAGGAACUCAAGGGAGGUGGCUUAGUGGGACCUGAUGUAUUGGGGCCUGCAUGUUGAGGGGUGGACAGCGGUCUAGGGAAGGAAGGCCCAGACUUUCCAUCUUACUCUUGUACCCAUGGAGCAGGCCUGUUCCUGCCUUUGGGCCUUGGGGGCUGAGUGGUUCUGUCUGUCAGAGACCCCUCAGUAGAUCUGCUGACCUGAUGAGCACUGACUAAGUGGAGUAAUGACAAGGAAGCCAUGGAUUGGGGUGACAUAGCCAACCUCAGUGUCACCCCUGUUCUCCAGUCUAGUCUCUGUCUAGUGCAGGACCAGACGAGAUGAGUUUCUGCUGUGCUCACUGUCCUGUCCCCUCCUCUCUGGCAGUGUUCCCCAGUCCUCAACCUGUCCCUGGAUAGGAUGGUGGGGUGGAAUGGAUGCCGUAGGACCCUGUAUGGCUGGGGCUGGAACCCUGAUCUUCAGGGCCCUCCCUCAAUCAUUCUCUGCCUGUUCAGCUGCUGCUGCAGGUCUGUAGAGGGCACUUGUUGCAGAAGCUUUGACCUGGGUCCUGACUUGUCACUGCACUGAAGCUGCGGCUGUUCUGUGGGCUCCUGUGUGUGCUGGCUGCGCCCUGAGCUCCAAAACAGCUGCCCAUAUCCCGUCUGCUAAGGUCAGGACCCUGGGCUCUCUGCAGCAUGGCCAACAGACCCUUCCCAGAGGGCUGUUCUGAGUUGUACUUGGUGGCCAGGUUUCCUGCCACCUUUGACUUCUACAGCAGGCAGAUAGGUUCCCAGCUUACUGUGAGAAUGUAUGCUUGUGCAAGGUUCCAGGAUAUGUCUCAGUCAGGUAGUGCUGUGCUACCCCAGACACCACACCAUGGCGGGGUGUGCUCUACACCUGGUGUCCCUGUGUGUGUCCGUGCGUGCGUGCCAUGUGUGAGUGUGUGAUCUCUACGGGGGGUGCCAGGGGUUCUGUUUCAUUUUCAAUGGGUUCCUUCCAUUCCCAACACUGCGCUCUUCUCUUUACAGUUCCUGAGUCUUCCCCUGUCGCCCUCAUUCUCUCUGCCGUUUUCGAGUCACCCCCUCUGUUGCUGCUGUGAGCGCCUGUUUGCCUUUUCGGUUGACUCACCACUUUGCCUGUUUGUUUUUGAUUUAGUUUUUGUCUUCUAUCUGAUUUUCUACUCUCUUUGCUUUGAGGUUGGUGAGGACUUUGCCUCUUACUCUGCCACGCUUUCUGACCUUUCCUGCUUAGAUGCUAGUUCCAGAUAAGUUGUGUACAUUGCAGACUUCAUUCCACUACUGCACCCCUUACCACAGCAUCUUCUUUUUCUCCACCUCCUGGGACCAACCUGAGGCUGAAGUAGCCUUGAGUGUUGCCUUGGUGCCUGCUGCUCCAGAUAUGUCCAGCAGAGGGCAGUGACAUCUUGGUAACAUCUGGCUUUGUGGUGGGGUCGGGGAGCUUUCUACAUUCCCUAAUCAGUCUUUAAGGGUUGGGCAUUUCAUCCCAUUUCUGUGAACCCCUCUCUUGCUUUCCUCAAGUUUAAUUUUUGAUCUUGUUCUACCUUUCUUUUGUGGGGACUCUCCCUUCCCUCCACCUCCAGAAUUUAUGGUGUUACAGUGGUAUCUGCAGUUCUGAAGUGGGUUUUUUCUUUUUGCUGUCUCUGGAAUGUAGACUGUACGUGUUUAAUAACUUGCCUUCUCUAUCCUUGCUCAGAAAUGUGGAUAAUGCAAUGGCUGUGACCCUGGUUGGAAAUUAAACUUGUUUUAUGCAGCUUU